AAAUAAAUCUCUAAACAAAAAUAGGAAAAAAAUAAUGCGUUAAAAAACAUGUUUCUUCGAAGGGUUGUUAAAUAUUUGAAAGUGAGAAAGAAGAUAGGUGUCAAAAUGGUUUCUCAAAUCUAAUCGGCAAAUCAUACGUAUCGAAGUUUACAUUAUCAGUACACAUAAAAGUUCUCAAUUAAUAAAUUGUAGCGAGCUGAAAAUAAAAAGCUUUCAUGAACAGAUAUUUUAUACGCUGAUUUAAAUAAUUCGUUCGAAAAUAUUAUAUUUUUAUAAAAGUAGUCUAUGAACCUAUCGAAGCCAAGCAAAUUGGAGAAGUUUUCUAAAAAUAAUAAAACAACAUUGAUGACAUACUAGCCAAGACUUUCAAAUUUGUAAAGAGAGCGUACUACGUCGAAAUACGAUAGACAAAGAUUGAAAGAGUUAUUGUUUGAAGAGAUACAUGAGCUGACCCGAGAAUCCAAAGAAAAAGAUGGAAAAAGAGAAUCAGCGACUUGAAAAUGGAGCAAAUUGCAAUUUAAUAAAGAAUCAGAACGAGGCAUGUGAUUUAAUAUUCAAGGGAGACGAAUUCCGAAACUGUGAAUAAAUAGAUUGAAUUACGUAUUAAUUUCUCACCAUCAAAAUUCUCUUUUAAAGGAAAGACUAAUUUAUGUCCUAAAUACACAAUAAAUUUUUUUAUAUAUUUCAAAUACACCUUUUUUUUAUAAACAUAUAUUUUAGCUACUUUAAAUGAAGAAAUUAUAUUUUGAAUAGCUUUUCAAAUUUAAAAGUAGUAAUUUACAGCUUGGUUAAAUGUAACAAUAGCAUGAAAGAAUUCUUUCAGCAUGCAGAACUGAAAAAACAAAAUGAUGAAACGAGGACACUUAGAAUUCCAACAGUCAAAGAAACAGAACUAAAUGAUGAACAAGAUAAGAAGAAAGAAAACGAGGAACAAGGAAACUCAAUGCUUGGAUUUUGUACUAUUUGUCUUGGAAAUAUAAAUUCUUAUCUUAAUCAAAAUGUUUCUUGCUCUAAUGGACAUAUUUUGUGCCAACGUUGUAUUCAGCACUUUGCAAUUCAAUCAGAUCCAGGCUGCAUUCUUUGUCACACAAAGUAUCAGCAAUCAAAUGUAAAUUCAUCGCGAGAAAGCAAUAUCAGUUUGGAUUCUACAUACACGCACGUAAAGAGAAUGCAGCAAUCAGACUAUUACUCAAAACAUCAUCAAAGAUUGCAACAAUGUGAUUCUAUUAACGUUGAGCAGCCGUAUUUUAAAUCUUGGAAUCAGAAUUACUCUCCUAAAGUACAAAACAUCGAGGAAAACAUAUUAGCAUAUUAUAAGGGUGAUUUCGAAGAUAUUUCUGACUACCAACAAGUUAGAGACCAAAAUAAUAUGAGCGAAGAGCGAAACAAAAAUUGCGACAGAGAAAAGCAGCGACGAAGUUAUUGUAAUUUAUUUAAAAAGAAGAAUGCAGAAUCGUACGUGUCCGAAGCAAAAAUUAAUGGACAAAUUACUGCAGAAUGUUCUCGUAGACCGAUCCGUUGUCCACGAAUUGACUGUGCCAUAAACGUAGCUUUCUCAGCGUUAACGCAUCAUUUCAUCUUUGAUCAUCCGGAGGUGCCUAUUCUAAAUGUAGAACCCGGCAUCAAAAGUACACUCAUUGUCAGUUUCAAUGCUUUAUCUUCCAAUUCUAGUCGAUGUCUAGCUCUCCUUCUUAUUUCUGGUAAACUCUCAAAACCUGCUGCGAGGUUGUUUAAUGGCAGUCAAAUCAAUCCAAAAUAUCGAAAUCGUUUACCAUUACCAGUACUAGCCGCCCGGCUACAGUGUGCAAAUCAAUAUAUAUCUAACGAAAAAAUUAAUAAAACGAAAAAUUUUCAUAAGAAAGAUAUAAUAAUCGCUUGGGUUGCCGGACUGGAUAUUGGAAACACAACGAACAAACUUUUAUGUAGUAUUCAGGCUGUGGACAAGAUUGAUAAUGAAGGUUUACGUUGCCUAACAUACACAGGUCCAGUGAACUCAUUAAGAACAGCUCAAUGUCCUCAAGACAUUUAUUCAACAGGUGAUUGUAUAGUUCUGCACGAAGGUCUCCUUAGUCACAUUACAUCAGAUUGUGCUACACUCAAUAUUAAUGUUACUGUACAUUAAAUAUAUUACAAAAUUCAUGUAUAUAUGUAAUUAAAUUCCAAUUUAUCCCCCAUUAAUAAUAAUACUUACACG